UUUGUCAUAUUGAUGACGGGUGACGCAAGCGGGGCCAUACCGGCCCAGUGCAUUGCAGCCUCAAAGGGCGGCGCGUCGCCAGCGCCAAGUGGCACCGGGCCACUUGCACCUGCUGCGGACAGCUCGGCCAACGGCAGAGACACCACUGGCAAAACGCUGGCCGGGCCUGCGGACGCCACGGCGCCAGCAGCCGGCCCUGCAAGUGGGACCGACACAAGCGCCGGUGUUGGCGGCACAGCUGGCGGCCCGGCGUCUGGGGGCCGUGAUGUGUCGUCUGUUGCAGCAGCUGACUUGAGUAAGGCUGCCAUUGAGAGACCAGCAUCCGCCAAAGGCAGCUGA